AUGACAAAGGAUCCCGAAGGCCAGUAUGAGGCCCUAAGUCUGACCGAACUCAAAAGCAGUGCCCAGGAGAAGAAUGUCAUUGGCUACAGCGUGAACUUCACCGUGGGGGGGGUGCUGCUCUUCGGGGGGUUCAAAAUCGACUCGGAGGUGAAUGACAAGGAUAGCGACAAAGAUGGUGGAGACGGUAGCGAAAGUAGCGACGGUUGCAAUCGGGACGACGGCGCGGGCAGUGUCUGCAACGACGCCUAUCUGGUGCACAUCAAAAAAGAGAAAGUAGAGUAUGAAACGCUAAGGAGUAAAGUUAAGCCGAAAUGCAGGUGCUACCAUAACUCGUGCACUUUGCUGGAAAACUAUGUUGUCAUUUUUGGAGGGCUACACAGCGAAGUGCCCUUCGUUGCGCUUAAUGACUUGUGGAUUUUUAACAGCGCAAAUAAAACCUUUGCGGAGAUAAAGGUAACUGCGGCUGAAGAAGCGACCGAGGGAGAGGAGACGGCGCCUGGGUCUUCCAAAAGCGAGGGAGAGGGAGAUGACGAAAUGUACGAUGGAUCGAAAUUAAGUGGAGAGGACGAUUACAUAAAAGUGGACGAGGGAGACGACGGGAAUAAUAACAGUUACAUAUUGAACAGUGUGCACUUGAAAAAAUUAGGGAAGUAUCUGAGCUGUGAGAAAAGUGCGCUUGGCAGUCAGGGUAGCUGCGUUGUCCCCGCCCCGAGGUACUUCUCCAGCUUAGACCUAUACGUAAGUAGGAAAGGGGCACCAGAAGAGGCAGCGGAGGGAGUGGUAAAGGAAGCGGCAGAGGUCACGGCAGAGGACGCGGCAGAUGGAGCUGAAGACGACGCGGCAGAUGGAGCUGAAGACGACGCGGUAGAUGGAGCUGGAGACGACGCGGCAGAUGGAGCUGGAGACGACGGGGCGGAGGGAAAAAACCCAUUAAGCGUAAAAAACAACAAAAUUGUCCUGAAAAAUGCAAACGCGUACGAAUAUUUCAGCCUCAUCCUAUUUGGGGGAUACGGCGGAUACGACAGAAGCAGCUUCAACGACUUGUAUGAAUACGACAUUUUGAGGAACCAAUGGAUUUUACGAACCUGUAAAGGUAGUACCCCCUCGAAUAGGUACGGACAUGUAUCCUUCAUCAAUGAAAAUAAUUUAUUCAUUUUAGGAGGAACCAAUGCAGAAGUCAGCUUUAAUGACAUGUACGCUUGUAACUUGAGAAAUAACGAAUGGUCCGAAAUAGACUUUUCCUAUUCCUUCAAUGUCUCAAAAGUAUUUUGUACAAACGUGAUGGUAGAAUCGAUAGAUAGAAAUAUUAUUUUCAUUUUCGGGGGGUACAAUAUUGUUAGUGAUGAAAAGGGGAACAGAAAAAUAGAGUACAGCAAUGCAGAUUUGAAUAUGUUGAAACUGUAUGAUACGUUUAAGUUGGAAGAUUUGAAGUACACCGUACUUAGGAAUAAGGAUACUUUAACGGGUUCUACAUCUACCGGAAUAGGAACUCCCAACAUAAACACAAUAGCUAGCAAAGCACAGAAUGGACCUGCAACAAAUAAACACAGGAAUCAACUCAGCCAAGUGGAUAAACUAAAAGGAACACCAAGGGGAGAAAAUCACGAGCAAGAUGACCCAACGACUAAUACCAACUUCUGUUCCAUGACGUACGAUUUUGUAGACACGAAUUUGAUCAUCACAGAUUCAAAGCAGAAAAUUUACGUGAUGAAUAUAAGUAGAAUUAUAGGACCCAAGUAUGCCAUUUUUUCCCUACUGCCAAGAUAUUGCGAUAUUGAGGGUAGAAAAAAACUACUCUUGAAGGGAAAAGGAUUUAUGAACGAAGGUAAGAUCAGUAUAAAAUAUACAUCUGAUGAUGUCGACCUGUUCAGUGAAGGAAUCUACAUUAAUGAGAAUUAUAUUUACACCAUUGUGCCUAGUGCAAAAGACAAAAUUAGAAACAACAUCUGUGAUGUGCACCUGUCCAUUAAUGACAAAUGCUACACCACUAAUAAGUGCGUUCUGGAGUAUUACUACAAUAUAGAUGCAAAGAAGACUCUGAUUUUUGGGUCUGGCUUGUUAGAACCCAUUUGUUUAAAAGAACCCAAUAUUUUCUUUCUCAUAGCUAGAAACUCCUUGAACGAAAAAAAAAAAAUCGGAGGAGAUAAAUUCCAGAUCAGCAUCACGUAUGAACAGGAUGGAAUUCACCACGACGUGAAAUACACUCUGUAUGAUGUUAACAAUGGAUUUUACAUCGUGAAGUACUUCCCUUAUCAGGAAGAGGGGGCGCCGAGCGAUGCCACCACUAUCUCUGCCAUUCCGGGGGGAGAGGUGGACCCUGUCCAAGGGGGCUCCAACUUGGCAACCGCUGCCGGAGGCGCGGCUGUGGAGGAGAUGGAAGCGGUGGAGGCGGCGAAUGCGGUGAAUGCGGUGAAUGCGGCGAAAACGGUGGAAGCGUCAGGUACUGAGGGCGCAGUGGUAGUGGAGGAAGCGGCAAACCAAGAGAAUCUGCUCAAGGCGGAAAUCGGCCAAGGAGAGGAACGCGGCGGAAAAGAGGAAGACCCCCCACGCAUCACGGGAACCAUCCACAUAUCGGUGAAGCUGAAGGGGGAAGACACCCAAAACAGUCCCUUCGCCCUGAAGGUGUACAGCCGAGUAACAGACAAAGCCACGUUCGUGAAAAAAUUUGUCAACGACCGGUUAGAAGACUUAAUAAAAAAAGGAGAACGCGUUCUCAAUUUGAUCAGAAACAAAGACUUGAGCACCGCCAACCUGAUCGAGCUAAACGUUAACAUUGAAAACUUUCUGAGUAAAUUCUCCAAGUCGAUAUAUGAUAUAAAUACCAUCGAGCAGUACAUCCUAUACGGGUCCAUCGAUGCGGGGAUGGUGGAGCCAAUACUAGAACAGGUGCACCGGGAGGGGAACGUGGUGGAUGCCUCUCUGGAGGACGAGUCUUUCAUCGAGAGGUACAUCGACGAAUUGAUAAGCGCCCAAAGGAACAGGAAGGGCGCAGGCAGCGCCUUCCUGAAGGUGAAGGACAACGAAGGCAUUGCCAACUUUAUCGAUUCAAGCAAAAUGAAAUUCGUGGACUGCGUGGAGGCCAACUUGGUGAAGAGGCUGAAGAGCUACAUUGCGCUGCUGAACAGCGAGGAGUCCAGCCUGCGCAGCAGGAAGGAGGCGAAGAGGAGCGACGGCGGGGUGGGGGAUACCGCACUGGGGAAAACAGCCCUGGGGAAAACCGCCCUAGGAAAAACCGCUCCAGCUGUAGGAAAAACCUCUCCAGCUGUAGGAAAAACCGCUCCAGCUGUAGGAAAAACCGCUCCAGCUGUAGGGAAUUCCUUCGAAGAGUGCCCCAGCCAGGGAGAAGAUAACCAAAUAGAAGUGAUCAUAAAUUUGCUGAGCUUCUACCACAAGCUGAAAUCAGUCUGCAUCUGUAAAAGGGAAAAGGAACUAAAGGAAGAAUUCGUGAAAGAAGAAAAGGAAAGCAUAAAAACGAUGAAGCUUAACUAUAACAAGUUUGUAAACAUAAAAAAAAAUUUGGAAACAUCGAGCGUCUAUACACAUAGCAGUGGCUAUGAAGGGUCCCUGAAAGAGCUGGAAAAUAUGAAAAAGUACGUAGAAGAAAUUAAAGAAGAAGUGAGCAAGGUGGAACAAAUCUCAAAAAAUAUCGUAAAAAUAGACAACGUAGAAGAGUUAAGCAAAGACAUAGACAAUUUAGAAAAAGAAAUUGAUGAAAUAGAAAAGCUAUGGAUGUUUAUAAAAAAAAGAUCAAGUACUUAAAUGAAGAACCUCCAAAAUGAAUUCAAAAAAAUCAAAGUAGACAGGAAACAUAAUAUAUGGAAAGAAGAAAUGGCCAAGCUGAAGGACACUAUCAAAUUUGUAUCUGUCAUAAGUGAAUUAAAAAAGACAUUCAUUAAGCAGAGACACAUAAAAGAGAUCGAACUUAGCAUAAACGAGGAGAGGUACAAAGAAAAUCAAGAACCAAUUAAUCUUCUCAUCGAUGAAAACACACUCACCAUUUAUUUUUACAAGCUCAAUGUGAUCAAGUACCAUGAAUCCAUAGAAGAAGUUAUCAUCAAAGCUUACAAUGAAAAAGGCAUAGAAGAAAUAAUACACAAAUUUGAAGACUAUUGGGAUGGAAUCCAUUUUAAGCAUAAGGAUUAUAAAAAUGGAAUAAUUCUGACCUACAUUGAUGAUCUGUGUGUUGAGACCAUAGAGGAACAUCAAAUGAGCCUCCAGAACUGCUUCUCCUCCAAAUAUUUCCUCUUUUUCUCAAAGGAGCUAAACAUUUGGCAGAAAAAAAUCUCCAAUAUUUACGAAGUGAUUCUGCUACUCAAAGAUAUCGAGAAGCUUUGGGUGUAUCUUCAAAAUAUGUAUGUCUACUCAGAGGAAGUGAAAAAGGAACUGCCCUUGUACUCCAAAUUUUUUCUAACCAUUAAUGAUGAGUACUUGGAUAUGGUGAAGCAAAUUUUGGGGAAUAACACCAAGGUGGUGGACUUCGCUAAUGAGGAGGGCAUUAUAGAGAAGUUAGAAGAACUAAAGGUGAAGCUGUGCAAGAGUGAGAAGCCUCUAAAUGAGUAUCUUGAUUCCAAGCGGAAGUCCUUCCCUAGGUUCUUCUUCAUAUCAUCUACUGACUUGAUUGACAUCCUCUCCAAUGGGAACAACUUCAAGCUCGUCAACACCCACGUGCAGAAGAUUUUUCUCUCCAUCCGGAGGUUCGUAACGCGUGGGGAGGUCCUCACGGAGUAUGAGCUGGGGAACGAAGUUAGUCUGGGGGGGGCACCUCCAGAAGACGCUGAAGAAGUCGCUCCACAUGCCGUUGAAGAAGCCGCGCAAGAUUCCCCUCAAGACGCCCCCCCUGUGGAGGUCCAAAACGAGGUGAUCACGAAGCUGAUCUCGUCCUACGGAGAAGAAAUAUGCAACUUCCACGAACCCCUAGCGCUCAAGGGGAAGGUCGAGUGCUACCUCAACGACAUCAUAAAGCACAUCAAGUACACCCUAAAGUACUACAUUGCAAAUCUGUUCAAAUUGAAACACAUGUACAAUACAGAGAAGGACAAAUGGAUAGACCAAAAUUACCUAUCGCAAGUUUUUAUCCUUUGCAAUUCCAUAUUUUUCGUUCACGACGUUGAAAAUAUUCUACGCAAAGGAGAUUUAAAUGUAAAGGAACAGCUCAAGGCUUACUAUAAAAACCACAUCACUCAACUAGAAAAUGUAAUUAAAAAGGUUCAAAAAAAGCUGACAGUGAAAAAUAGAAUCAAAGUUAUGUGUAUAAUUACUUUGGAUACUUUCUACAGAGACAUACUGGAGGUCAUCCUAAAAAAUAAAAACUCCAUUUCGAUAAACAUGUUCGAUUGGCAGUCACAAAUUAGGAUGUACCCGUACUUUAAUGAUAAGACAAGUGGUGGCUCUCCGUCUUGGGGGAGUGCCCACAGGAAUGGACAAACUCACGACGUAGGAAAACAUGAAGAAGUAACCGGGGAGGCAGACCUCUCAGUGGAUGCAACAGAGCAACAGAUGAAUCAAUCCACGGGACAUCAUGCAGAUGAAAACAUUUAUGAAGAAAACUCUCAAAACUUCAAGCAGCUUUAUAUAAAAAUAAAAAUCAUGGACUGCUCUUUUAACUACUCAUAUGAUUAUAUUGGCAAUUACCAAAGGCUAGUCAUUACUCCAUUGACUAGUCGUAUAUACAUCACAGCUACGCAGGCGCUAAGUCUCUAUAUGGGAUGUGCACCCGCUGGUCCUGCAGGUACUGGAAAAACGGAGACAACGAAAGACUUGUCGAGCUUCUUUGGAAAAAACUGCUACGUGUUUAAUUGCUCAGAUCAGCUGGAUUACAAAAGUAUGGGGAAUAUAUUUAAGGGAAUUGGCAGCACCGGGUGCUGGUGCUGUUUCGACGAAUUCAAUAGGCUGAUCCCAGAAGUGCUGUCUGUUUGCUCUAUUCAAUUUAAGUCCAUCCUGGACUGCAAACGUAACAAUAAUAAUGUGUGCAUAAUCGGGUCCGAUGAAAUUAUCGUGAAAAAAAACUGCGCCGUUUUUAUCACCAUGAACCCCGAUUAUCUGGGCAGAUCUAAAUUGCCAGAGAGUCUCAAAAUUUUGUUCAGACCUAUUACUGUCAUUGUUCCAGACUUUAAUAAAAUUUGUGAAAAUAUGCUCAUGGCUGAGGGGUAUGUAGAUGCCAAGUACUUGUCCAUAAAAUUUACGACCUUCUUCGAGCUGGCACAAAGUCUACUGAAGGAGAAGCAUUGCGACUGGGGGCUGAGAAGCAUCAAGAGUGUCCUCACCAAGGCGGGGUUCCUAAAGAGGACCUACCCAGACCUGGACGAAAACAAAUUGCUGUACUCGGCCAUACACGACAUUAACAUCGCUAAAAUAUCUGCCUCCAACUGCCCCGUCUUCUCCGGGCUCCUCAACGAUAUUUUCUUUUCCCACCAGGGCGCCAGCGUAAACGGUGCUGAGAAAGGUACGUCGAAGGGUGCGUCCAACGGUGCGUCGAACGGUGCGGUGGAGGAAGACAAGGUGGGGGGUGAUGAAAAAGUCGUCCCAAAUGGGGUAGCAAAUGGGGUAGCAAAUGGAGUAGCAAACGCCGCGAAUAACGGCGAGGCUAACUCCCCUGUGAACCCGCCCGCGGGGGAGUUCCACCAGAACGCCAUAGAAGAAGAGUUGAUGGAAAUCUGCAGGAGGAACCACCUGUUCGGGCUGAACUAUUUCGUUAAAAAAAUAAUGCAACUGAACGAUAUAAUCAACAUAAGGCACUGCGUAUUCAUCAUGGGAGAAGCGGGGUGCGGAAAGACAACCCUGUUCAACAUGCUGAUGGAGUACCAAAAGCAACAGAAGCUAAAAACGGUGAGCAUCAGAAUCAACCCCAAAUCGAUCAGUAUCGAUGACUUGUACGGAAACGUCCAUAUAAAGACAAGGGAAUGGAAAGAUGGGGUAUUCUCCAAAUAUAUGAGAAGCUACUCCAAGAGAGAAGACUGCGACAAGGCGUAUAUCAUCUUCGAUGGAAAUUUGGAUUCUCAUUGGAUAGAAAAUAUGAACUCUGUGAUGGAUGAUAACAAAGUGCUGACCCUAUCGUCAAAUGAGAGAAUUUUGUUGAAAAAUCACAUGAACUUAGUGUUUGAGUUUAGCGACUUAAUGUUUGCAACCCCAGCUACGAUAUCGAGAGCAGGGUUAGUCUACUUCUGUGUAGAUCCGAAUGACAUUUGGAAGAAUUACUUCCUCUCCUGGAUUGACAAACAUGAAAAUUUUAAUUCUACUGUUAAAAAGGGCUUUGAAAAAUUAAUGUACAAAUAUGUAGAACCCACUUUUGCCUACCUGAACACGGUGAACACAUCCGUUAAAGUGUCACCCAUCUCACACAUUCAGUCCUUGGCAGCCUUACUAGACAUCCUCCUAAAGGAUAACAAUUUCGAGAGUAUGGAACACUACUUCGUGUACUCAGUGAUAUGGUCUUUUGGAAGCUUCCUUGGAGAGAAAGACAACGCAAACUAUAAAAAGAGUUUCGACAAGUACUGGAAAAAUACUUUUAAAAGCAUAAAGAUGAACAGAAAAAUUAGCGUGUUCGAUUUUUUCAUAGAAGGUAAUAAAUUCAAAGAGUGGGAGGAAAGUGAAAUAAAGAAUGAAGUGAACACAAGUCUCCUUCUCCAGGAUGAUAUAUUCGUCGAAACAGUAGAGAGUUCCUCCUACAAGUAUAUAAGUAAAUUGUUCCUCAAAUCCAACAUGCCCAUUUUAUUUAUUGGAAAAACAGGAGUGGGUAAAACUCUGCUGUGUAAAAAAAUUUUAAGUGAAGAAAGGGAAGAAUACAAAAGCUUCUACAUGAUUUUUAACUACUACACGAAUGCUAAAAAUGUGCAAUGCUUAAUGCAAAGUUGUUUGGAAAAAAAAUCAGGCAAGCAGUUUAGCCCCCCUUUUCAACAGAAACUGAUCUACUUCAUCGAUGAUAUUAACAUGCCCAAAUGCGAUGAUUACAACACACAAAGUGCCAUUGAAUUGUUGUGUCAAUAUAUAGAUACAAAUUCUUGGUUUGACUUAGAAAAAUUAAACCUCAUCAAAAUAGUGAAUACAAAGUUGAUAUCUUGUAUGAAUUAUAACAGGGGGAACUUUACAGUGAACCCAAGACUUCUUCGACAUUUCUUCAUCCUAAAUGUUAGCUUCCCAGAGAAUAAUACUGUUAAUAGCAUUUUUAGUGUCCUCCUCAAGGGACAUUUCAACAGUUUCAAACAGGACGUAGCUGACUUAGUUCCAUCUAUCCUAAAGUCUACCAUAUCUCUUUUCUACAACAUCGAGAAAACGUUCAAAAGGACAGCCACCUAUUUCUACUACGAGUUUAACCUUCGAGAUAUUCAUAGCAUUGUCAAAGGGUUACUUACUGCACAACCUACUGCUUUCCAAGACUGUGAUAAGUUACUCUUCCUUUGGCUACACGAAUGUGAAAGGGUUUAUUCGGAUAAGCUAAACAAGGUAGAUAAAAAAAAAUUCAAAGCACUCAUUAUCGAUAUAGUGAAAAAAAUGUACAAUAAGUAUGAAAUCAGCAAAUUUGUGAUGAACAAUGAUAAGUCUUUGAUUUUUUCCAACUUCCACAAAGGAGGUACUGCCACAGGUGGGUAUAACGACAAGGUGUAUGAUCUGUGCAGAAAUAUGGAUGACCUUACCGCCUACCUAACAGAGGAACUAAAUGAAUACAACAGCUUUUACAACUUAAAUAUAGUCCUUUUUAAUGAUGCAAUAAGGCAUAUUUGCAAGUUAAUACGAAUUAUAGAUAAUUUAAAAUCACAUGCUUUGCUGCUAGGAAUUGGUGGAUGUGGGAAGACAACCAUCUCGAAGUUUUCCUCGUACAUUUCAUCGAAGACUUUUUUCGAGAUGGACUUUUCUGCACAGUGUACAGAUAAUGAUGUGAAAAAAUAUUUACAAAAUAUUUUUUACAAGUGUGGCAUGAAAAAUGAAGAUAUCAUUCUCUUCCUCAAGGAGAGCAAAAUUCAUGAUAGCUUCUUCAUCUACGUGAAUGAAUACAUGUGCUCAAAUAACAUAAUCGAUUUGUAUACAAAGGAGGAGAAGGACUACAUUGUUCAGAACAUGAGGAAUAUUGCCAAGGCGGAGGGUAUCCAGGAGACUGACAGUAGCAUAUUUGACUACUACGUGAAGAAGGUUAAUGAGAAUUUGCAUUUCAUUCUUUGCUUUUCCCCCACGAGUAACAAUUUUAGAGACAAGUCGAACAAUUUCCAGUGUAUACUUAACAACACCAUGAUUGAUAUUUAUGACAACUGGGAGUCCGACUCGCUUCUCUGUGUGGGGCAGAACUACGUGAGUAACAUCUACAUCAAUUUGCGCACUGGGGACAUAGAGCUCAGCGAGGACUGCCUGGGGGGGGCUUCGCAGAGCGGAGCAGGAGUGUCCCUCGUUGCCUCUACCAAGCACGUCAACCUGAAGGGAAUCGUGACGGAGUACCUGAAGGAGUGCUACGAGGACCUUCUAGAAAUCGCCUCCAACUACUACGCCCACGAGAGGGCACACAUCUACAUCACCCCCAAGCUCUACCUGGAGAGCAUCAAGACCUACCACAUGAUGCUCCUAAAAAACAUCACCAGUAUAAGCAGCAAAAUGGAUAUGCUCAAAAGCGGAAUCACGAAAAUGAACGAAACUAGCGCAAACGUGGAAAAUAUCAAAAAUUGCCUUAAGGAAAAAAAAAAUAUAUCGGAGGAGAAAAAAGAAGCCUCAGAAAAAUAUGCCAUAGACAUUGGAAAUGAAAAGAUGAUCGUUAAGAAAGAGAGCGACUUGGCAGACAUAGAAGAACAGAAUUGUUUGGAAAUACAAAAAACGGUGCUCAAGCAGCAGGAGGAAUGUGAAAAUGACAUAGCCUUGGGAAUUCCACUCAUAGAACAAGCGGAAGAAGCGUUAAAUACACUCAACAAAAAAAACAUACAAGAGCUGAAGACGCUAAAUAAACCGCCACCAGGAGUAGAAGACAUCACAGCAGCAGUUAUGCAACUACUAGCCACAAUAGACACGACUAUCUCUGUGGAUAAAUUUGGAAAAAUUAAAGAUAGGAGUUGGAAAUCGGCUCAGAAAAUGAUGAUAAAUCCAGAAAAAUUUAUUUCCCUACUUAAAGACUACAAAAAUAAGAUUGACGAAAAUUUAGUUCCAGAUUGCAACUUCAAGUACGUAGAGAAUUUAAUUAACCUUCCCCAUUUCAACAAAAAUGCGAUUCAGAAAAAAUCCAAAGCUGCUGCAGGGCUAGCUGAAUGGGUUCUAAAUGUUACAUCGUUUCACAAAAUUAUACAAAACAUUUUACCCAAGAGAACACUCCUAGAAAGUACCAAAAAAAGUUUGGAAGAAGCAAACGAAAAGUUGCAAACGGUACGAGAAAAAGUACAGUCCCUUAAGGCACAGCUCAGCACUCUUAUAAGUCAAUAUGAUCACGCUCUCUACGAAAGAGACCUUGUCAUUUUGGAAGAAAAGAAACUUAAAACUAAGUUGGAACUAUCCAUCAGAUUGAUAGACGCUCUCAGCAGUGAACAAAUAUCAUGGUCCAAUCAGUAUGAAGUUUUGAAGAAGAAAAAAAAAACCAUCCUCACGGAUAUACUUUUGUCUUCGACUUUUGUUACCUUCUGUGGGGGAUUCACCAAAAAGUACAGAAACAAAAUUAUGACCAAAUGUGUUGAGACCUUGAACAGGAAGAAUCAGAUUCAGAACGAGGUCUUUAGCGAAGUGCUUAAGAAGCUGCAAAAGAGUGCUGGAAAGGAGAAGCCUGCCAAGGGGACCGGCGUCCCGGAUAGCACGGCUAACGAGUGUGCGGGUGCUUCCAUUGCGGGUAGCGGCGUGGGCAUAAAUCACAGCGGUUUAGACCAAACGGGGGGAGAUGGUGCGCUACACAGAGGAGACGCUUCCCCCUGCACGGAGGACUCCAAGGAAGACCUUCCAUACGACAUCUUCUCAGUGAGCAGCUUCAACUUGGACCUCCUAAUAAACGAAGAAACUCUUUCUAAGUUGAGCAAGCAGGGCUUAACCCUAAACUCAGUAUGCAUAGAAAAUAACUUGAUCCUGGAAAACAGCGAAAAAUUUCCCAUAAUUAUAGAUCCUCAAAUGGAAAGCCUCAAAUGGCUAAUCAAUAGCCAAAAGGAGAAAAGCGAAAAGCUAAUCAUCACAGAUAUAAACGACAGUAUGCUUUUUAAAAAAAUAAUCGAGUGUCUCUCAUUUGGAUACUCCAUAAUAAUAGAAAAUGCGGAUGAAAACAUCGAUAACUCUCUCUACAAUAUUAUUUCAAAAAAUAUAAUAAGGAGAAAAAAUAAUUACUACAUCAACAUUAACGAGAAGGAACACGUUUUCCACCCCUCGUUCUACAUCAUCCUGCAUACUCAGUUGUCUAAUCCCCAUUACCAACCAGAGAUACAGUCAGCUUGCUCCCUCAUCAAUUUCACUGUAACUCCUGACGAUCUAGAGGAGCAUCUCCUUUCCAUUACCCUAGAAAACGAAUUCAACCACUUAUCCAAGAAGAGAAAAAAAUUAUCCUUACUUAAGUAUGAUUAUAUGUGCCAACUGUCCUUUCUCCAAUCAUCUAUCUUACAGAAGCUAACCAAUGCCAAAGGAGACAUCCUAGACGAUGUUUCUCUCAUUGAAAAUUUAGAAACUACAAAACUGCUUAGUGAAAAUAUUACCAAAAAAACAGAAAUUGUGAAAAGCACAGAAGUGCAUAUCAACACUAUUAUUAACUUGUAUAGACCUUUGUCUAGACGGGGGGUCAUGUAUUUCUUCAUUCUACAGAAACUCAAAAAUAUUCAUUCGUUUUACUUUUAUUCGUUGGAGAUCUUUUUGAAGAUUUUUAUCAAGUGUCUCAAUGACUGUGCUCAGUUCAGACCCCCAAAUAGCGGUCCACAACCAAGGGGCAAGAGCCGCCGCAAGAGGGUGCUCGCCAAGGGGGGAGAAGUGGCUGGGGAGGGGGGAGAAGUGGCUGUGAAGGAGGGAGAAGUGGCUGUGAAGGAGGAAAUAGCCACCAAGCUGGAAGUAACCGUGAAGGCGGAAGGGCCAACCGAGCAGGAAGUAAUCGCCAAUCCAACCGAGCAGGAAGUAAUCGCCAGUCCAACCGAGCAGGAAGUAAUCGCCAGUCCAACCGAGCAGGAAGUAAUCGCCAGUCCAGCCGAGCCAGAGGCUAUGGCCAAUACAAACGAACAUGAGGGUUCCGCCAGUCCAGCCGAGCCAGAGGCUAUCGCCAAUCAGGAUGAGCCAAGAGAAGAGGAAACUACCGAAAAAACGGAAGCGCCGGAUGCAGCGGAAGCAGCGGUAGAGCCAGAAGGGGGCACCAACCCAACAGCACCCGAAGUUUCCGAUAACGUAGAUGAGCCGAGAGAAGAGGAAAUAACUGAAAAAUUGGAGGAGCCCCAAGUAGCGGUCGAAACGGCCGAACCAGAAGCGGCCGCCAAUCAGGAUGAGCCAAGAGAAGAGGAGACAGGAGAAAAACCAGAAGAACCCGAAGUGGCAGCCGAACCAACCGAACCGGAAGUGGUUGCCAAUCAAGGAGAACCCGAACCUGCCGAUACUCAGAACGCACUUGAAAAGGACGCGAGUCCAAUCGAACCCGAACCCGAAGCGGGCGUAAACCCAGUCGAAUUAGAAGCGGUUGUGAAUUCAGCAGAACCAGAAGAAACAGAAACGGUUGUGAAUUCAGCAGAACCAGAAGAAACAGAAGCGGUUGUGAAUACAGAAGAACCAGCCGGAACAGCCGAACCAAGCGGACCAGCCGAACCAGAAGUGGCCGGCAAACCCGAAUCGCCCCCUGCUGCUGAAGUGGAGGCCACGCCCAGCGCGAGGAAGGGAGACGAGGACCCCAAAAAGGAAGACCUGGAUAUCAAAAGUCUAGAUGGCAACGAGUCGGAUGGCAGCGAGUCGGAUGGCAGCGAGUCGGAUGGCAGCGAGUCGGAUGGCAGCGAGUCGGAUGGCAGCGAGUCGGAUGGAAUCGAAUUCGAAAGUGACGACCUGGACGGAGAAGACGCCCAAAGUGAAGAAACAAAGAUAGACAAAAACGAAGUGCAGAAGAGAGUGAACGUACUGAUCAGUCUUCUAAUCGAAAAAAUGUGGAUGUAUAUCGAUAAGGGACUCCUAGAGAGAGACAAACUGAUCGUGAAGUGCCUCAUCAUGUUAAACUUGGAGAAGCUAAACGGAAAUAUUAGCCAAGAGGAGGAGGAUAUGUUUAUAAACCCAAAGUGUAAGCUAAAAGAUAGCCAAAGAGAAAAUGAGCGAGGAGAAAAUGGACGAGGAGAAAAUGGACGAGGAGAAAAUGGAAGAGGAGAAAAUGAACGAGGAGAAAAUGAACGAGGAGAAAAAAAAAUGAUCAAUAAAUCCUUCAUGAGUGAAGACCUAUAUCAAGAUUGUAAGAACUUAGAAAAUUUGAAUGACUUCGAUAAUCUUACAGAGAGCUUAGAAAGUGAGAGCAUGUCGUGGAAGCAGUGGUUCCUAAGUGACAAGGUAGAGAAUGAGGAGCUCCCCAGAAAGUAUAACAACUUGAAAGAAUUCUCCAAGUUGCUACUAAUAAGAGUGUUGAGGAAGGACAGGUUCCCUUUGGCGUUGAAAAACUACAUCAGGAUGAAUAUCAAAAUGACGAAUGAUGAGAAGAACACCUACGCACUGGAUAAAAUCCUGGAGGAGUACAUCGAUAACAAGACGCCCGUGUUGUUUCUGUUGACACCAGGAAACGACCCCUCUAAGGAUAUCGAGGAGUAUGUAGCGAAGUUGAAGAGGACCAAAGGAAGGGGCGAGAACAGUGGCCAAAAAAUUGGGCAAAAAGAUGAUCAGCCAAAUGGGGAACACUACAGCGAAGAAACCAUUUCCUACGUAAAUAUCUCUAUGGGACAGGGACAGGAGAGCAUUGCGCUCAAGUACCUCAGGGAGAUAUCCAAGUCAGGGGGAUUCAUAUUCCUACAGAAUAUCCACCUCAUGACGAAAUGGUUAAAAGAAUUUGAAGAAAUCCUCGACAAAAUAUUAACCGAUGCACAUCCGAAUUUCCGUCUAUUCCUAUCAUCAGCUAUCCCUUCCGAAAAAGACACAAAAUUGUUACCAGAAAAACUCCUAAAAAAGUGCUUCAGAAUUAACAAUGAAAAAUCAUUCAGCCUCAAGGAUAACAUCAAAUGUUGCUUGGAGAAAUUCCAAAGUAGGGAAUACGACGAUAAGCUAAAAAAUGUCAUUUUUGGUCUCUCCUAUUAUCAUAGCUUACUCUUGGGCAGAUUUUUAUACGGAAAAAUUGGAUUCAGUCAAUCGUAUUCCUUCAAUGAUAAUGAUUUGGAAAUUUCUUUUAAUAUUAUCAAGAGGUACUUGGAGAGUUACAACACUUUCCCUCUUGCAGAUGUUCUAUUCCUCAUAGGGGAAAUAAUUUAUGGGGGGCAUAUCACGGAUGUAUGGGAUAGACGUAUAAACAAGACGUACGUCAAAAAUGUGCUCAAGGAGAUAUACAAAAAUGUGGUUGCUAUUAAUGGCCGCGCGGGUGGCGGCGAGGUGCAGGGGGUGGGUAACGGAGAUGAAGAAAAUGACGCAGAUGGAGAGGCAGGGGAAGAUGGAGAGGCAGGGGAAGAUGGAGAGGAGGGGGCAGAUGGAGAGGAGGGGGCAGAUGGAGAGGGCCAGGGGGAGAACUGCCAUACGGGGGAGAGAAACGCAACUGGGCGCGGUGCCCUACACGGGAAGAAGCCUGAGACCCGCCGUGGAAACGACCAGGAGGACGAAAUGGACGAGAAGGCAGUCCUCAAGGACACCAGGACGAACAUCCUCUUCGAAGUGUUCAAAUUCCCUGACUGCACCAAAUACAACAUUGCUCAGUUAAAAAAAUAUGUUGACGAAAAAUUGAAUAAAGAACAGACCUGCUUGCUGGGUCUCCAUGUGAACGCAGAAAUUGAGUACAUGAAAAAUGAGUGCUCCAGAAUUCUGCAGAACUUGCAAGAGAUCAGUAGUCGGGAGAUUUCCUCCUCGCAGGGGGGUUCUUACCAAAAGGGGGCAAAAACGGGAUCCACGGGAAACCCCGUUGGAAGUACGAUUGGAAGUGCGGAUGGAAGUACGGUUAGAAGUACGGUUGGAGGUACCCCCGGUGGGGGCAGCAAAGAUGAUGGAAAGCGCCUCCCCAAGGAGUCGGACCGAGGAGGGAAGAAGGACCGCAACAAAGGAGACACAGAAACGGAGAGUGGAAAAAAUGAAACCACUAAAAUUAUAUACGACAUUAUUAAUCGCCUCCUAAAUGAACUCCCAGACAAAAUAGACAUAAGUGACCUCAAAAUAGAAGACACAGAAACGAACACAUUUAUGGUCAUUGCAUUGAAGGAGUCGGAGAAAUUCAACAUGCUCAUUGAUUGUAUCCAUGACAGCUUAGUGGAGAUAAAAUUAGUGCUCGAUGGUAUCCUAAACAUGAACAGUAAAAUACAACUUAGCAUCAAGGCUUUGUUACUACAUAACAUCCCAGAACUGUGGAAGAGCUUCUCCUAUCCGUCCAAAAAGAAACUAAUGCCAUGGUUUGAAGAUUUCAAAUUGAGAGUAAUUUUUUUACAAGAAUGGAUUUCAAAAAUAAGGUGCAACAUUUUCUUGCCUAAUUCUGUAUGGCUAUCGGCUCUCUUCAAUCCCAUUUCGUUUCUCACCGCCAUUAAACAGAAGUUCUCGCAUGAGAAUAGAGUCCCUAUCGAUAAGCUAAAGCUCAAGUGGCACGUCACAAAUAUCACUAAGGUGGAAGAUCUGAACAAUAAAAAUAAUUCCUUGUACAUCCAUGGGUUAUUUCUCCAGGGAGCCUCCUGGUUGAUUAACUCCCAAAAUGACUCCUUCACAUUUGACAUGGAAAACUUGAGUGAUAACGUGUCGUAUGGAAAUAUAGUGGAGUCCGUUCCGAAGAACAUUUUCUUCCCCAUGCCGCUCGUCUACGUUUACUGUGUCACCGAUGAACAGGAAGAGCAGCUCGCCCGUGCAUCCGACGCCCGCUAUUUGGACACGCCCCUCUAUAUCACCUCGGACCGGGGCGGCACCUUCGUCUGCUCCGUCGAUUUGAAGUAA